CUGCGCGGGAGGCGGCGGCGCGAGGCAAGCCGGGCGCGGCGGCAGCGGGGACGACCCGGGCUGGAGCUGAGGCCGAGCUGAGGGCGCCCGAGCCCCCCGCCCCGCGCGUCCUCUGGCUCCGCAGCGCUCAGCCCCGGGCCCGCGGAGACAUGAACGCCCCGCGGCCCUACGCACCCCGGGCGCAGCGUCCCGGCCCCGCGGCCCCAUGAUGGGCUCCUGCGUGUCGCGAGACCUGUUCACAAGUGCCCACAAGAACUGCCCCAUGCCCCAGGGCGCGGACCCCUUGAACCCAGACCUGCCCUCGGGCCGCACUCCCACCGUAGCUCCAGACCAUCUCAUUGGCAAGGACAAACAGAUGGAUUUCUGUUGGGAUCCUUGGCAGAGGUGCUUCCAGACCACCAACGGCUACCUGUCCGACUCCAGGUCCCGCCCCGGCAACUACAACGUGGCAGCCCUGGCCACCUCGUCCCUUGUGGGGGUGGUGCAGAGCAUCAAGGACCACAUCACAAAGCCCACGGCCAUGGCCCGAGGCCGCGUGGCCCACCUCAUCGAAUGGAAGGGCUGGAGUGCCCAGCGGGCAGGCUGGGAGCUGUCCCCAGCUGAGGACGAGCAUUACUGCUGCCUCCCGGAUGAGCUGCGUGAGGCCCGCUUUGCUGCAGGGGUCGCCGAGCAGUUUGCCAUCACAGAGGCCACACUGAGCGCUUGGUCCUCGCUGGACGACGAGGAGCUGCACCCCGAGAACAGCCCCCAGGGCAUCGUCCAGCUCCAAGAUCUGGAGAGCAUCUACCUUCAGGACAGCCUUCCCAGCAGCCCCUCGCAGGAUGACAGCCUUCAGGCCUUCUCCUCACCCAGCCCAUCCCCUGACAGCUGUCCCUCACCUGAGGAGCCCCCCAGCACCACUGGCAUCCCGCAGCCCCCUAGCCCAGAGCUGCAGCAUCGGCAGCGGCUGCCCGGGGCCCAAGGACCCGAGGGUGGGACCCACCUGCCAGGCUCCCUCCCCUCCAUGGACAGCGGCUCCCUCUGGGAGGAGGACGAGGUGUUCUAUAACUGAGGCAGGGGCUGUGCUGGUCCGGCACCUGCUCUCAACACGACCUUGCCUGGUGGGCAGCCCAGGCAUAUCUGGACCCCGGGGUCCAGGGCAGGGCAUCUCUUGACCCCUCGGGUAGGCACAGGGUAGGUGCGGCAGGGAUGGGGCCAGCGCUCAUGGUGGCCUCUCUGUGCCUCGGUGGACCUGCCCCAGCAGUGGGAGCCAUAACCCCCUCCCCCUUCAUUACUUCACUCAGGUGGGCACCUUCCCCUGCAGGGUGUCUGCCCUCAGGGAACUCAAGGACUCACAGAGACACCAGGGCAGCCUGGCCCAGAGAAGCAACAGCCAGGCCCCCAGGAGGACAGCCAUGGACAGAACUGAGACCCACUCAGAGCGGGGUCUGGGAACUUUGCCUGUACCUGGGGUUCAGUCUCUCCCCACUCCCUCCGUGUGUCUGCCCCCCAGCAAAGUGGGGUGACCACUUUUGGUAGCUAAGCACCUGCUCCCCGGCUCUCCUCACCCAGGACAUCUGUGUCUCUGGAGUGUCUGUCUGUCUGUCCCUCCUUCUCUGAACCUGCUUCCUCGGUGUCCCCUGCUCCUCGCCCCUGGGAGCCCACUCCCCCUCCUUGCAGCUCCCUCCCAUCUCACUCAAGGUUCUCUGAGGACAUUAAAGUGGUGGAUUCACCCUGGAUGACCUUGGCCUGGUCUCUGCUGGGGAAGAUGUCAUCUUGGGCCCCUGGACAGAGUCCAGAGGGAGUCAGGGAAGGUCCCUACUGCCAAUGCUCACACAGCUGGUCAACCUGCCCCCACCCAGCCAGAGAGGGCCCAUGGAGGAUGCCCAAGGCUCUGUGGACUCCACAAGGAGCUACACUUGGGGACCCAGCUUUAUGAGCUGUGGCUCAGCCAAGCAGGAGACUAGGGCUUGAGCGACACAGGGUCCUGCUUAACCAUGAGGACAAGCAUCAUAGACCUGGUGGGAGACCCUCUCUCCCUGGCAUCUCCCUGCCAAGAAAUGGAGCAUGAGGAGGAGCCCAGGGGCCCGGGCCUGCAGUGCCCACGUGACCACGGGAAACUCACUCUGGGCCAGCGCAG